AUGGCGAAUAACCGCACCUCCUUUUCCAUUCACAACAUAUUAAACCGAGGACCUGCUUGCGAGAAAAAUAGCGCUCUUGAUGAGGAAUACGCAGAUGAGCAGGUUCACGGAGAGAGAGAGACGCGGGUUUGUUCAAGCUCAUCUCUGCCGGUGGGGACCGCUGGAGCUGAGCGCAUCUCUUCCUGUGUGCUCGGGCUGGACUCCUCAUCCUCUGACCAGCAUUCAUGUGAGGAAGAAUCAACAGGAGAAGACAAUUCACUCGAAAGACGACACGACAUGGACCAACAGAAAUCACAGAGCCGCAACUUUGAAGAUAACAACCCCAAAUCGAGCAAAAAAAGGUCACGGGCAGCGUUUUCUCACGCACAAGUAUACGAGCUGGAGCGGCGCUUUAACCUGCAGCGGUACCUGUCCGGCCCAGAGCGGGCCGACCUGGCAGGAGUGCUCAAACUGACCGAGACACAGGUGAAGAUCUGGUUCCAGAACAGGAGAUACAAAACUAAGCGCCGACAAAUGGCAGCCGAGCUCGCGUUAACUCCUACGACAACACUGGCAAAGAGAGUGGCAGUGAAAGUACUGGUGAGAAACGACCAGAGGCAAUACAACGCCGAGGAGCUGCCCAGUCCGUCUGUUCCUCCAUUAUACCAGUCAUUCCCUUACUAUCCUUACAUGUUCUGCUUCCAGCCGUGGGUCUCAGGAAACACUUUAAGUGGUGGUCUGUACUGAUUUACCGGAGCUGUAGCAUCAUAUGGAAAGUGACUGUGGAGACACAAACAGUCAAAAAACAGCCAAAGAGGAAACAAAACUGCAAUUCCACCGUGGAUUAUCAAUGCUGAAACUAUAAUAAACUAUAUGACCAGAGGAAUAUAGAGAUAUACUGAUGUUCACUAUCAAUCAUUUCAAUAAUGAUCAUUAAGCCAAAGCAAAGACAAUUCACUCAAACGAGUUGCUCUCAUUUGUAGUUAUAUCCGUCUUUUUUAAUGUUGUACGGUAAUGCAUUUGGACAAGUAAAUUGUAUUGCUUUAGAUAACAAAAUAUUAAAUUUACCAAUUU